AUGGGUGAUCCCUCGAAAGCACUUUCGUUUUAUGAAAAGGCUCUGACAAUUCAUCGACAGUUACUUUCUCCGGAUCAUCCUGAUUUAGCUACUUCUUACAGCAACAUUGGUAAUGCGUAUUGCCUCACGGGUGAUUAUUCUAAAGCACUGCCGUCUUACGAAAAAUCUCUAGCAAUUCGGCAACAAUCACUUCCUUCUAAUCAUCCUAAUUUGGCCGCUUCCUACGGCAACAUCGGUAAUGUGUAUUUUCACAUGGGUGAUUACUCGAAAGCACUUUUAUCUCACGAAAAAUCUCUUGCAAUUCAACAACAAUCACUUCCUCCAAAUCAUCUUGAUUUAGCUGCUUCCUACAACAACAUAGGUAAUGUGUGUUACAUCAUGAGUGAUAACUGGAAAGCCCUUUCGUCUUACGAAAAAUCUCUGGCAAUUCAACAACAUUCACUUCCUGCGUGUCAUCUUGAUUUGGCUGCUUCUCACAACAACAUCGGUAAUGUGUAUUCCAACGUGGGUGAUCACUUGAAAGCACUUCUGUCUUACGAAAAAACUCUGGCAAUUCGACAACAAUUACUUCCUCCGAAUCAUCCUAAUUUGGCUUCUACCUUCAAUAGCAUUGGUUCGGUGUAUGAGAACAUGAGAGACUAUUCGAAAGCAUGUUUGUUUUAUCAACGUGCUGUGGACAUUGGACAACUUUCAUUUCAAUCAAAUCACCCCAAUUUACAAAAGUGGCAAAACAAUCUCGAUAGAAUAAAUGAGAAACUCAAAUCGUAAUUGGUUUUAAUGAGAAAGCAUAAUAAAACGUUUAGAUAGAAAAUAUACUAUAAAGAAGACGCGCGCACAGAGAAACUCUGUUCAUACUGAAUAAUACAAAUGGGAUUCCACUCACUGGUAAGGUAACACAAUCCAUGUCAACGGAUAUGAACUGCAUCAACGACCUUCACGGAAAGGACAAGUAUCGAUAAGGCCAUUUCUUUGCUCAAAAUAUUUUUCAAAAAGAGUUACAUAUUCUGAAUCAGCAUCAAAUUCUGAGUAGAAUAGUGUAUUUUUUUUCGUGCAAAAAUAACUUUCAUUUCUUACGGUCCAUUAGGCACCUGCAGGGAACCUCAAGACCAUCGAAAAAUUUUUUUUCCGAAUUUUAAUAAAUUCAGUAUCAUUAGACGCGAAAUUUGAUGCUGAUUCCGAAUUUGAGGUUAAAAUUGAAAAAAAUGAAAUUUUCGUAGAGAAAAAUCUGAUUUGUUGUAUGACGCUGGCAAAGGCCUAUUUUCAGUUACCGAUCCCCAGCGAUCUAGUGAUGCGAUUAGAAAGUCUGAAAUACAUUUAGCGAUAUGUGAAAUUGUUUUUCCACUCAGAAACACAUUAAAAAAGCAGUUUCAAGUCGAUUUCUGGUUAGUUUCAGAGUCAAAUACUCAAAAAACCAACAAAAAACCAAGUUUUGGACCCCUUUAACUUUAUAUAGGAGGACAAAAAAAUCUUCAACCAAAGAGUGAUAUAUAUAUAUAUAUUAUCCACUUUUGAAAAUAAGGUGGUUGGGCAGAAUUCUUAUAACGUGUGAAAGAAAAAUGAUAGAGAUCUGCGGUUUUCGCUGUUGGAUAGAGCACAGCAGGGUGUGGGUGUGGGUGUGGGGUGUGGGUGUGGGUGUGGGAUGUGGGUGGGUGUGGGUGUGGGUGUGGGUGUGGGUGUGGGGUGUGUGGGGUGUGGG